GGGCUCUGCACGCCGCCUCUCCGUGUCAUGUGACUGUCCAGGAAGAAGGCAGACACCUGUCUCCACUCUCCGGGGGUCUGCAAUGGACGGAGCGCUCCCUCUACAGGCCGUCUUUCUACUCCUCCUGGGGGCACAGCUCGGGGGGGCUGGAGCCAAGUAUGAGCCCACCUGGGAGUCACUGGACGCAAGACCCAUCCCGGACUGGUACGAUGACGUCAAGUUCGGGAUCUUCAUCCAUUGGGGGGUGUUUUCUGUGCCCAGCUUCGGCAGCGAAUGGUUCUGGUGGUAUUGGCAGGGAGCAAAGUCGCAGCCUUAUGUCAAUUUUAUGACUAAAAAUUAUCCCCCUGGCUUCAGUUAUGAAAACUUUGGGCCCCAGUUCACAGCAGAGUUUUAUGAUCCACGGCAGUGGGCGAAUACAAUAAAAGCAUCAGGUGCCAAGUAUGUUGUUCUUACUUCAAAACACCAUGAAGGUUACACUUUGUGGGGUUCAAAAUUUUCAUGGAACUGGAAUUCUGUGGAUGUAGGAUCAAAGCGGGACCUUGUUGGGGAGCUGGCUGAGGCUGUCAGGAAUACCACAGACUUGCAUUUUGGACUUUAUCACUCUCUAUUUGAGUGGUUCAACCCUCUCUUCCUUUCUGAUAAAUCCAAUUCUUUUAAAACACGCACCUUUCCAAACGCAAAGUCCUUGCCUGAACUGUACGAACUUGUGAUGCAAUACAAGCCGGAAAUUCUGUGGUCAGAUGGAGAUGGUGAUGCCCCAGACACAUACUGGAACAGCACUGUUUUUUUGGCUUGGCUCUAUAAUGAAAGCCCAGUUCGGGACAACGUUGUAACCAAUGACCGAUGGGGAUAUGGCAGCAUUUGUAAACAUGGUGGCUUUUACACAUGUAGUGAUCGUUACAAUCCUGGGCAUCUGCUACCUCACAAAUGGGAGAACUGCAUGACCAUUGACAAACGUUCCUGGGGAUACAGGCGGAAUGCUUUAAUCUCUGAAAUGCUGACCAUUGAAGACCUGGUGCAGGAGUUAGUUGAAACUGUAUCCUGUGGUGGGAAUCUGCUGUUGAACAUUGGUCCAACGCAUGAUGGUCGAAUCCCGGUAAUAUUCGAGGAGCGCUUAAGGCAAAUGGGUAAAUGGCUUGAAGUAAAUGGAGCAGCUAUUUACAGCACAAAGCCUUGGAGAGCACAAAAUGAUUCAUUGACUUCAGGAGUCUGGUAUACAUGCAAGCCUAAAGAACAAGCUGUGUUUGCUGUAUUUCUGAAGUGGCCCGCCAACCAGAAUAUUGUACUAGGAGAACCCAAGGCAUCUGAACUAACAGAGGUUUACUUGUUGGGGUAUGACGGACAGCUUGAAUGGAUAGCGCUCGGAGACAAAGGAAUGGUUGUAAUAUUACCCAGACUUGGACCUGCAACUCUUUCUUGGGGAUGGACUCUCAAGAUAUCCAACUUGAAUGAAAUUGUAGUAAAUGCCACAUAGCUGUGUACUGUACAUAGCUGAGAGAACUCUACAUAUUUGAACUACCUAAAAUAAUUGCACUCUUCUUGUGCAGCUACAACUCAGGGAAAAAAAUAAAGAUUUUAUGAUGAUCUGAUUUUCUAACUGAAGUGGGAUUUACUUUUUUCCUCAUGAAGAAUAUGCCUUAUCUUUAUACUACGUAAGAAUACUUUGUUAGCAAAAUGAAUAAAACAUACUUU